UCCAUACCCGACGAGAUCUUCAAUAUCUCUGUACUUCAAUGAAAUAACCUUUCGGGUUGUCUUCCAUCUGCUUCAAUUAGAGCUUUUGAAUCUAAAGCUCAAUCUCCACAAAACAACAUUGGUGGAGUUAUACCCAGCUCAAUCUCCAAUUUCUCAAAUCUAAAGGGAUUAUAUCUCGGUGAUAACAAAUUCAGCGGCCCCAUUCCUAACUCGUUGGGGGAUUUGAGACAGCUUGAAGUUCUGGGUUUGUUCAAGAAUAACGUAUGGUCUUUAACAUAUAUAGCAUUAGGGGAUAAUCCUCUGAAUGGUGUUCUUCCAGAUUCCAUUGGUAAUCUCUCCACUUCUCUUAAACGGUUUUAUUUAUAUCAUUGUGAAAUUAGGGGACAGAUACCGUUAGGAAUUGGGAAUUUAAGUAACUUAAUCACUUUGUCCCUAUUCGGCAAUGAAUUGACGAGAUCAGUGCCAAGAACAUUAUGUAAUUUACACAAUUUUCAACGUUUAGGGCUUUUUGAUAAUAGGUUAAGUGGACCCUUGCCGGAGUGCCUUUGCAAAUUGCCGGAGUUGGGAGCAGUUGGUUUGUCAUAUAAUCAAAUUUCGGGUUAGAUACCGUAUUGCAUCGGUAGCAUUACCUCUUUGAGAUAUAUUUAUCUAAAUUCAAUAUGAUCCAAAGAUUAGACAUAAUGAUCGAUGUUGCAUCUGCUUUGGAAUACCUCCAUCAUGGUUAUGUGACAAUUGUUGUACAUAGUGCCUUGAAGCCUAGCAAUGACUUGCUAGAUGAAAGGCUGGUUGGACAUGUGAGUGACUUUGGCCUGGCGAAGUUAUUAGGAGAAGGGGAAUCUAUUGCUCAUACUAAAACACUUGCAACGAUGGGCUACAUCGCACCAGAGUAUGGAUCAGUAGGAUUAGUUUCUAGAAGAUGUGAUGUGUACAGCUAUGGCAUGCUCAUGGAGACUUUCACAAGAAAAAUGCCAUAUGAUGAAAUGUUCAAAGAAAAUUUGAGCAUGAGGAGUUGGGAUCUGUAAUUCACUACUUGCAGCACCAGAGGAGAUUAUUGAUGUCACAUUAGUGGAACCAGAAGAGACUGAUUUUCAGAAAAAGUUGCAUUGUGUGUCCUGUAUUUUGGAGUUGGCAUUGCAUUGUACAACUGAAUCUCCCAAUGAAAGAUUCAACAUGAAAGAAGUCCUGGCAACUAUCAAGAAGAUUAAACUGGACUUCCUUCGCAAAUGAUGUAGCAAGGUUCACGUGAUGGUGUUAUACUCGGAGAGAUCGGGAACCUUCACAAAUUGGAAAGGCUUUAUUUGCACUAUAACAAAUUCAGUGGCCCGAUUCCAAACUCAUUAGGGGAUUUGAGGCAACUUGAAUAUUUGAGAUUGUCCAACAAUAAUUUAACAGGUAGUCUUCCAUCUGCUCCAGGCUACUGGCCAACAAAUCUAGGGUUUUUGCAUCUGGGUGUAAACAAUAUAGUUGGAGUCAUACGCAGCUCAAUCUCCAAUUCCUCAAAUCUAAAGGGAUUAUAUCUCAAUGAUUACAAACUCAGUGGCCCGAUACCUAACUCAUUGGGAGAUCUGAGACAACUUGAAAAUCUGCAGUUGUUCAAUAAUAACUUAUCAUCUCUGCAUCUGAGUAUCUUAAUUUCAUUGGUGAACUACAGAUCUUUGAGAGUUAUAGUAUUAGUGGGAAUGACUUGACUGGAGCAAUGCCAAGAACGUUGGGUAAUUUACACAACCUUCAAAGUUUAGAACUUUCUAGGUUAAGUGGAACCUUGCCAGAGUGCCUUUGCAAAUUGAUGGAGUUGGUCUUCGUUCUUUUGUCUUGUAAUCAAAUUUUGGGUUAGAUACCGUAUUGCAUCAGUAACGUUACCUCUUUGAGAAAGAUUCAUCUAAAUUCAAAUAAUCUCACUAACAUAACCAUGAGUCUAUUGAGCCUCAAAGAUCUUUCGGAGCUUAACUUGUAAAAUAAUUCUUUGGUUGGUUUUAUAUUUGCUAGUUUUGGAAAGUUGAAUGCCAUAACAUUCAUAGUUCUGUCAAGGAAUCACCUUUCAGGAAGUAUUCCCUCCAAAGUUGGAGACUUGCAGAAUCUACUUUUUCUUUCUUUGGCUUAUAAUGAGUUACAAGGAUCUAUUCCGGAGUCACUUGGGAAAAUGAUAAGUUUGGAAUUGGUGAAUCUAUCCAAUAACAUUCUUUCAGGUACGGUUCCAAAAUCAUUAGAGGCACUUCAAUAUCUGAAGUAUUUCGGUGUAUCAUUCAAUAGAUUAGAAGGUGAAAUCCCAAGUAAAGGACCUUUUCUUAAUUUCACCUCUCAAUCUUUUAUGGGAAAUGAAGAGUUAUGCGGCGAUUUUCUUUCCGGCCUUGUAUGACUAGGUCAUUUCAUCAGUCAAGAAGAAGCAAAUUGCUACUGAUUAUACUUGUCCCAUUAGGAGCUUCACUGAUGGUUCUUGCUUCAAUAGUUGUGUUUAUGUUAAGGAGACGUGGGAACAGAAACGUUCCAACUCAAGCCGAAUCCUUACCUGCAAGAACAACAUUAGCAAGGAUUUCAUACAUUGAAGUUGAAAGGGCAACUCAAGGGUUCGACCAAUGCAACUUGCUAGGCUUUGGAGGUUAUGGCUCUGUUUACAAGGGAAUCUUUGCAAAUGGGAUGGUCUUGGCAAUCAAAGUGUUUAAUUUACAGAUUGAAGGUGCAUUCAAGAGUUUUGAUUCUGAAUGUGAAGUUUUACGGAACCUUUGCCAUAGGAAUCUUACCAAAGUUAUCACCAGUUGUACUAACUUGGAUUUUAAAGCUUUACUUCUAGAGUACAUGCCCAAUGGAAGCCUUGAGCAGUGGUUACAUUCUGAUGGUUACUUCUUGAAUAUGAUCCAAAGAUUAGACAUAAUGAUCGAUGUUGCAUCUGCUUUGGAAUAUCUCUAUCAUGGUUAUGCCACAGUCGCUGUACAUAGUGACUUGAAGCCUAGCAACGUCUUGCUAGACGAAAGGCUGAUUGGACAUGUGAGUGACUUUGGCCUGGCCAAGUUAUUGGGAGAAGGGGAAUCUAUUGCUCAUACUAAAACACUUGCUACAGUGGGCUACAUUUCACCAGAUACCAAACUUAUCAUUUUCCCGAGUGACUCUGGAAUUGAUCAUUGCAACUCAUUAGCCAGGAUUUCAUACAUUGAAGUUGAAAGGGCAACUCAAGGGUUCGACCAAUGCAACUUGCUAGGUUGUGGAGGUUAUGGCUCUGUUUACAAGGGCAUCUUUGAAAAUGGGAUGGUUUGGGCAAUCAAAGUGUUUAAUUUACAGAUUGAAGAUGCAUUCAAGAGUUUUGAUUCCGAAUGCGAAGUUUUAUGCAACCUUCGCGAUAAGAAUCUUAUCAAAGUUAUCACCAGUUGUACUAACUUGGAUUUUAAAGCUUAACUUUUGGAGUACAUGCCCAAUGGAAGCCUGGAGCAGUGGUUACAUUCUGAUGGUUACUUCUUGAAUAUGAUCCAAAGAUUAAACAUAAUGAUCGAUGUUGCAUUUGCUUUGGAAUAUCUCCAUCAUGGUUAUGUAACAGUUGUUGUACAUAGUGACCUGAAGCCUAGCAAUGUCUUUCUAGAUGUAAGGCUGGUUGGACAUGUGAGUGACUUUGGCCUGGCGAAGUUAUUAGGAGAAGGGGAAUCUAUUGCUCAUACUAAAACACUUGCAACGAUGGGCUACAUCGCACCAGUUAACUUUCUUUUUGGUUUUUUAUUAUGGAAUAUAAAGUGUUAUUGUACAUCAAAUGGUAUUUAUGUGAGUGUUGAUGUAAUAAAUCACAGAUUUUGCAUGAAAAA